AUGUCUUGCCGCUCAAACCCUUCAUGCGACCCCAGGGAUUUCGGCUCUUAUUCAGCUAUCCUUCCCCCAACGGGGAACCCGUCCCGGGUGAACCCUUCCUGCCGUACAAAUGUUGUUGGAGUUGGUUAUGGAGGAGCUGGCUGUUUUAGUAGCAGGAGCCUGGGAGGUGCCAGCUCUUGUGGCCCCAGAAGUGCUUCCAGUAACUGCCUGCCUCCGAGGUGUGGAUAUGGCUAUCAGGGCACCAGCUCAGGAUACAGCUAUUGCGGCACCAGAUAUGGUUACGGCUUGAGGCGUUCGGGGGUCUGUGCGCCUGGUUCGCCUUGCAUCACUCCUGUAACUUGCAAUGAGACCCUGCUGCAACCUCUCAACCUGGGGAUUGAUACCACAGCUCAAGCAGCCAAGUGUCAAGAGAAGAAUGAACUCCAGUGCCUCAACAGUAAAUUUGCCUGUUUUAUUGACAAUGUCCGGUUUUUGGAGCAGCAGAACCUGAUGCUGAAGACCAAGUGGGACUUCUUGCAAGAGAGGAAGUGUUGCAAAAGCAACAUGGAACCCAUGUUUCAUGAAUAUAUCUGCAACCUGAAGAAAGAGCUUGGGUGUCUGGAGCAUGAGAGAACACAGCUGCAGGCGGAAAUGAAAAACUGCAGAGAGACUCUGGAAUGCAAUAAGAAAAAGUUUGAAGAGGAGUGCCACAGAAGAACACAUGCAGAAAAUGAAUAUGUGGCAAUUAAAAAGGAGGUAGAUUGUGCUUUCAUGGACAAGACAGAGAAAGAAGCCAAAAUGGAAGCCUUGACGAGAGACAUCCGUGUUUACAGAGCUACUUUUGAGGAGGAAAUCCAAGAGUUGCAGUCUCGCAUUUCAGACACCUGUGUCAUGGUGCAGAUGGACAACAGCCGAGGUUUGAAUAUGGACUGUGUCAUCGAGGAGUUCAGGUGCCGCUAUGAAGACAUAGCCUCCAGGAGCCGGGCUGAAGCCGAAGCUUGGUGCCAGUCCCAGUAUCAGGAGUUGAAAACAACUGCUGCCAAGCACUGUGACAACUUGCGCAGUGUCAAGGAAGAGCUUGCUGAGAUGACUAGAGUGGUCCAUCGGCUGAAGGCAGAAGUUUCAAAUAUCAAAGCCCAGCGCUGCAAACUGGAAGAGGAGGUGGCUGCGUCUGAAGAGCGUGGGGCCAUAGCAGCGAAAGAUGCCAAAGGCAAGCUGGCGGAGCUGGAGGAUGCCCUGCACAAGGCCAAACAGGACAUGGCCUGCCAACUGCGGGAGUACCAGGAGCUGAUGAACAUCAAGCUGGCCCUGGAUAUCGAGAUCACCACCUACAGGAAGCUGCUGGAAGGAGAGGAAUGCCGGUUGAGUGAAGGAGAAUUUGCUGUGAACCUCUCUGUACAAAGAAGCCAGGGAGCAGUUGUGUGCGACACCAAACCUCGACCUCCGUGUGGACCUCAUGGUAAAACCUCCUCCAAUGUCAGGAUGGUGUUUGUGGAUUUUGAGCCCCUUGUCCUUGAGAAUUAG